UGAAUGUAAAAAUUUCAGGAGAGACUUGCGAUUGGCUCUCGCCCGUCUCAGACGAUUCACGAAGGUUACACCUCCAACGUACGUGUAAGUCCAGAUCACAAAUAUCGGAUCGCGGUAACGGUAGAUCGAAUGAACCUUUGCACCGGUAAGAUCUUUGAGUGGCGUGCUUGAUAAUUACUUUACACAUUCAUCUCUCUGUGUUUCGAUUAAUGUGAAUUGCUUUUUUUGUUCGUGUCUUCCCACUGUUAGUUAUCAAAGUAAUUAAUUUUCCUCUUUUCUUUAGAAUUUGUGACAAUACUUGUAAACACAGUAAUAAGUGAUUGUUUUCUUCUGUUUUAAUUUGCAGAUCAAAUGUAAGUGCGCGUGUGAUCGUGUGUGUGUGUGUUACUGCAACAACAACAGUACAGGCGUUUUUGGAGGAAGACUGUGGAAAUCCAAAAAAUGGCAAGGUGUCAACAUUUCAUAUUCAGCCUCAUAUUUUACAGUUGCCUCGUGCUGCAUUUUGGACAUGCCCAAAUAGGAAACUAUGGCAAAAAGAUCGGAGAAUUCAAUAGUUACGCUCACGGAAUCAGUGGUGAUGUUUACGCAGUUGAUGAAUCGACAAUAUUCAUAAAAGAUUUUUCUUACGAUGGAACUGGUCCCGAUACACAUUUUUGGGUUGGCAACGGAACUAAAGCAUCACCUUUAGGAUACUUAAUUCCUUAUCCAGAAGACUAUAAGGGAAGGGAACCUCCAACUUUAGGCAGCUAUGAAAGGGCGAAUAUCAUCUUAAAGUUGAAAAACGAUUUGAAGAUACGGGACAUCAAAUAUCUCGCUGUAUGGUGUCGCAGAUUUACUGUGAACUUUGGCGAUGUCUUCAUUCCAUCGAAUCUUGAAAUACCAAAACCUCGAGUACUACCAGAAUUUUCGAGAUUAGCACACGGCUUGCGAAGUGGAAACAUCAGUAUUCUGGACAGCAAAACAUUCUACAUUCCAAACCUCCAUUAUGACGGCGCCGGUCCAGAUGCAUAUUUCUGGGUUGGAAAUGGCUCAGAACCUAAUAUACAUGGCACUAAAGUACCCAAUGAAAUGGGCAGUCUCGAUCCACUGAGAGGAUAUCAGGGCGAGGAUAUUGAGGUGGUUUUGCCGAAGAAUCUAACUGUCUAUAACAUCGAGUGGCUGUCCGUCUGGUGUGUUCAAUAUAAGCACAAUUUCGGACACGUCCUGAUCCCAAAAGACCUCGACGUCCCUCCAGCACUUGGACAAACAAAGAUUACGCCACCCUGGUGGUAUAAUCCUACGAGCAGUACACCGCAGCCAUUUGUUCCGACGCCAACGACCCACGAUUUCAGCAAUUGCAAGGAAAUGUUGGACGGUCGUGUUCAAGUUCAAUGGGAAGUCAUUGGAGACGAUGUGAAAAUCAGAGUAUCGGGAAAAAUCAAAGACGAUCAGUAUGUUGCUUUUGGCCUCUCCGGACAAGAAAAUGAAUCGAAAAUGAUUGGCGGCGAUGUUGUCGUUGUUGCCUACGAUUCGAGAACACAAAAAUACAUUGCUGUUGACUAUUACAUGUCACAUUUAUCUCAAUGCGAUGGAGAAAAAGGUGUUUGUCCUGACGAAAGAGUGGGAGGCAAAAACGAUGCCAUUUUACUUGGAGGAACACGAAAAAAUGGAGUGACUUCAGUGACAUACAUGCGGCCAUUGAGAACAAAUGAGCCGGUGAAAGAUAAAAUGAUUCCAGAAUUUGAGACCAGUGUGAUCGCCGCCAUAGGACGACUAAAUUCAAGAGGUGAAGCAAAUGCUCAUGCACCAACUGAUCAAACAUCCGAGGAUAUCAGAAUUGAUUUCACAUCCAGGAAUAUUCACGAGUGUAAAACUUCCCUGUAUAACUUGUCAGAUUCGACAACUUUGAAACCUUGGAAGAUUCCAGAAAUUAUUGACACUGAUACUUUCACAGCGAGAAUAGGACCUGCUGGCAAUAAAAGGGGAUAUUUUGCGAUUACAGGAAAAGACGACUCCAACAAUAUCGAUGGAAUACCUCCGUGGGGAAUUGCUUGGUACAUAAACGAUCGUCUCAUACCUGAAAUUACUGUGGAAAGAGGUCGCACAUACACUUUCAUUGUUGAAGGUGGAAAUGAUCCAUCCAACCCUGCAAAAUAUCAUCCAUUUUACAUAACAACGAGUCCAGAAGGUGGUUACGAGCAAAAAAGUGAGGGUCAACGAAAACAACAAAGAAUUCUUGCGGGUGUUGCUCACAAUAAAGAAGGUGAAGAAAUUCCGACGGCCCAAGGACGCUACUGCGAGUGGGUUCACAAAACCAUAGAUAGAAGCGUAGAAUUUAAUAAUUUUGAGGACUUUUUCAAAACAUUGAAACUCGAUUGUCAACCUGGUCAACCGGCAAAAUUGGAGUGGACAGUAGCACAAGAUACGCCAAAUUUGGUUUAUUAUCAAUGUUUCACGCACAAUAACCUGGGUUGGAAAAUUCACGUUGUAAACCCUGGAGAACGAGCACGAAGAGAAGAGGAGCAAGAAGGCCUAACGAGCGCCGGUUCAGCCAUCACAACAAUUACAAUAUUCUUCCUCACACCUUUGUACACUCUUUAUUUUCUAAGAUGAAUCUCCAUAAUUAUUUUAUUGGCUACGCUUCGCAUUCAAUUCCAGAAAAGAGAAGUGCGAACACGAGAAAAUGCCAUUUGUAUGAAUUCAACGACUGGCGUUGGAAUGAAGAAAACGUUUAAAAUUAAGAUCAGGACAUUCGUGAUAGACGUGUGUUGCAACUUAAAAAAAGAUUUAAAAUAAGAAACUCACGAUGCAAGGUUGUAUGAAAGUACUUUAGCGCCUAAGAUCUGCCUGUAUCGUUAAAAUCAAAAAGUGAAAAACAGAAAGAAUUGUGGGAAGAUAUUUUUAAGAGCUACCAGAUUCAAUAUUUCAUAUUAUAUAUAUAUAUACAUAUUAUAUACAUACAGUAAUACAUAAUUAUAUAUAUUAUUAUAUAUAUGAUAUACAAAGAAACGACGUACACAUAAAAUGCGCUCAAUCGGGCCGGACAAUAAAUGAAAAUUUAGGGAAUUAAUAAAUAUUCAAAAUGAAAUUCAAGACAAUACUUAAAUAAAGAGAAAUUCAAUGAAUUUCAGACAAUAAACUGGCAGCACAAUAAUAAUUAAUGAGAGUACAAAAACCGUUGAAAGUAAUAAUAAAAAAAAAUAUUGCGGUUUUCUGUUCUCUCGUGAGUGAUCAAUUUUUGAUCCACACUCUUAAAAGAAUAGUAAAUCUUACGAUACGUUCUUUUAUUUUUGAUAAAAAAGAAAAUACAACAAAAAUACUUAGCGAAUUAAGAAAACUUCGACAAUAUGAAAAUCAAAAUAGGUACAAUCUCAAAAAGAGAAAAUUCAAAUAAGUGUUUUAUCAGAAAAGUUUAUAUGUAAAAAUAAAUUUUAAUUCUUGAAAAUAGAAAAAAAAAAUUUUAAUUCUUGCAAAUAAAAAAA